AUGACCAACAGCACGCCCGACCAUCCCCGGAGUAGCAGCAGCACCGCCAUCGAUCCUCUGGUCCUCCUCGGCGCCCAACUGCUCAGCUCUGUCAGCGUCAAACCCGAACCUCCCGGCGGAGCCGCCGACUCUACGUCCUUGACAAGAACCGAUCUCGCUCCCUACCUUAUAUCGGCCAAGACAGCCCACCUCCUCACGAUCAAGUCGAAGCAGUCAGUCGCCCCGCCGAAGGCCCCCUACCCCAACAUGGUCCCUGGAGGGGAGGGCGUCACCAUCAGUCACAGCGCCGGCUUCGUAUCUCUGCCGUCUUUGCCUCCCCAUCCAGCGACUUGCAUGCGGUGUAACGCGUCUUGGGAACUGCGACAACAGAAGACCGGUUUUAUGAAGAAGACUGUCCUUCCGGUUUUGCGGUGUACCCGAGAUAAGACGCGGAAUCACGACCUCUGGCUUUACGACGGCAACUGGGUGUCUCGGUGGCAGAAACGCCGAAAAUUGGGAGGAAAGGAGAAAACGCUGAUUGAAGAAGCGAUUGCCAAUGGGGAAAUACCCCCGAUUUUACCAAAGCGUCCAAAACCAGUCUCGGCGAUUCCUACAGGCCCAGAUGGGAAGGAGCGACUCGACGGCCUCCUCACGAUCAAACCGAAACAGAAAUUCGCCAACAGAUUGUGUCUGUUGCUCGCUGAUAAGACGACUCGAUGCAAAGAUUGCGACUUUUGGCUUCGCGGCGUGAAAGUGAAGCCGGACCACGACGGCAACGUCAUCCAUCAGGGGAAGACGUGGUGCCACUUGCACGACAAAAGUCGGAAAAUUGGAGAUACCCUUCGGAAAUACCGUUGUUCUGAAACCGGAGAGCGUUUGAUCGUUUGCCGCAACCCGUGUGGAACGUGCUUCUGGGCUGGCCUGUCGUCCGCGCCGGAAAAAUACAGCACUGUUCCUCAACACGGUAGCAGAUCUAGUCGCUCGAGUCGAGCGUCAGUUGACGUAGAGGGAGGGGAAGUGUCCAUGGAGCAGGGAGUGAUCGACCGGCACUUCGCCCCGUUCACGAUGUAUGAGGAGAGCCCUGCAUUGCGAGGGGUGAAGUCCUCGAGAAAUGUUCAUGAUGAAGAUGCAGCUGAGGACUCGACCGGGGGACUGAAGUUGCAACGCACGACCGAAGCAGGCUUCUCCUUUGACCGUUUGUAUAAGGAGCAGCUGCCGUCGGAACCCUCACUGAAGUGGGAGCCUCAUCAGAGUCACGGCCCCCCUAGCAUGCUAAAUCACUACGGAUCUCUCGUCCCCGACGGCCUGGCCGCUGUUGGCGAUCAAAGCCCUCGCAGCAGCAUAUUUAGAAUUGAUACCCCGGGCGGGUGUAGCACGCCUUCUUUCCCGAGCGACGCGUCACCGAAGCCCUCGUCUAACACGACCAAAGACCCCGUUAGAGCGUUCGAGGACAUCAUCCUAAACGGCAGCUCUUGA